AUGCCUGGGCACUUGCUGUUGGUUCAGAACCGUGUUAGGCUAAUGGCUUCCAUCCACUGGGCACUACUACUCUUUCUUGUACAACUCCCCAUACUGGCCACCUCCAGCGCCCACAGUGAUGGUAACCUCACACUGUGGUGCCAUCCAGACCAGGCUGCAGCGCUUCUCCAACUAAAGCAAUCCUUCUUUGCUGCAGCAACCACCGCGGCUCUCCUUCCGUCAUGGCAAAAUGGCACCAAUUGCUGUCUCUGGGAGGGCAUUAUCUGUGAUGCUUCUUCUGGUCUUGUGACAGUACUAGACCUCAGUGGGCAUGGCCUGAACAGUUAUGGCUUGGACCCUGCGCUCUUCAGCCUCAAAUCCCUCCGACGUCUCGAUCUUAGCAUGAAUUCUUUAGGUGAUUACAGCUACAACAUCACCACUGCUGAGUUUGAGAGGCUCGCUCUGCUAACCCAUCUCAAUCUCUCCAAUGCGGACUUGUAUGGGCAGAUACCUAUUGGCAUCAGCAAACUCGUUAACCUUGUCUCCUUGGAUCUUUCAAGUCGCACAGUUUCCGAUUAUGAUGAUCCUACCUCUCCAGGUGACAGUUUUAAUCAUCUUCGGGAGCCCAAUUUUGAGAUCCUUGUAGCGAACCUCAACAAUCUAAGAGAGCUCUACCUUGAUGGAGUGCAGAUAAUGUCUAGCAGCGGUGAAGAUUGGGGCAAAGCUCUUGCAAAAUAUGUUCCUCAUCUUCAGGUACUUAGCUUGGAGGGAUGCGGGCUGAAUGGUCCUAUUCAUCAUUCCCUCUCGAGCCUCCAUUCUCUUGUUGCGAUCAACCUUGGAUCCAAUGAUGUUGGUCCGAUUCCAGAGUUCUUCGCAGAUUUUCCCAAUCUAAGUGAGCUUCAACUUUCGUAUAUGAAUCUUCAAGGGUGGUUCCCUCAAAGGUUUUUUCAACUCAAAAAUUUAAGGGUCCUAGAUUUGUCCUCAAACCCGAAUCUCUCGGGGCAUUUGCCAAACUUUCCUCAUGCAAGUUCUCUAUAUACUUUGAGGCUAGAGGAGACCAACUUCUCCUAUGCUAAACCAAGUUCUUCUGGCAAUUUCAAGCUGUUGAGGGAGUUAACUCUUGACAGGAAAUUUCUAUCGAUGGAUUUUCUCUCUUCAUUUGGUGUACUUGAGUCUUUAUGCCAGUUGAAAGUUGAUUUGAUGGACUCAUCAAAAGAUUUCGGAUCGAUUUUGUCAUGGAUUGGAGACCUCAGGAACUUGGCCAGCUUGGAUAUCUAUAGGUGUGACUUCUCUUGGACAACGCCUUCCUCCAUUGUCAACCUCAAGGCGUUGAGAAGCUUGAAGAUGUUUGAUUCCAACCUCCCUAGGCCCAUACUGUCUGAAAUUGGCAGUCUCAUUGACUUGGAAAACUUGGAAAUAUCUGACUGCAAAUUACAUGGUUCAAUGGCAUCUUCAAUACGCAACCUCACAAAUUUAAGAAGCUUGCAUAUUGUGAAUUGUGAUGCUUGCGGAACAAUGCCAGCUGCAAUUGGCUAUCUCAGAAACUUGAAAAGGUUGGAGAUCUCCGGUCCUGACUUUUCUGGUUCCAUACCAGCUGCAAUUGGCUAUCUCAGAAACUUGAGAAGGUUGAAGAUCUCCAGUCCUGAAUUUUCUGGUUCCAUACCAUCUACAAUUGGCAAUCUGACUAACUUGAAAAUCAUGGUUAUUUUGAGUAGUCAGCUUUCUGGGUCAAUACCUUAUGCAAUUGGUCAACUCAAGGAAUUGACACAUCUAAUUAUUCAAGGGGGGAGCAUUUCUGGGAGGAUACCAAGUUCACUUCUCAAUUUAACUCGACUGGCAGAACUGGAUCUCUCCUAUAAUCAUGUGAGCGGUCAUAUUCCGACAUCUCUUUUCGCUCUUCCAAAAUUACGCUACUUGAAUCUCUUUUGGAACCAAUUUUCUGGUCCUAUAGAAGAGUUUGACGCGGCAUCUUCAUGCUUACAGUUAGUAAUUUUGAGAGGAAAUGAAUUGGCUGGGCAGUUUCCCAACUCGUUCUUUCAACUUACAGAUUUGGUUCAUCUCGAAAUCAAUGAGAACAACUUUGUAGGUUCACUGGAUCUUUCAUCUUUCUGGAGGUUAAGAAAGCUCUCUUCUUUGGAUCUUUCACACAAUAAGCUCUCCGUUACGAAUGAAGAAGGAACCACCUCUUUUUCCACCUAUCUCUCUGGACUUAAAACCUUAGGAGUUGCCUGUUGCAAUAUAAGCAAAAUUCCUAGAAUUUUGACACGUCUUCAUGACAUGUCUUACCUGGACCUUUCUUGCAACAAAAUCACAGGGGUUAUACCAAAGUUGAUAUGGGAGAGGUGGAGCAGUAGCCUUUUACAUUUAAAUCUUUCACACAACAUGUUCACUGGUAUGGAACUUACUUCACAUGUUCUUCCUUUCAGUUGUCCCUUGGAAGUUCUUGAUCUUAGUUCCAAUAAGCUUCAGGGACAUAUUCCUACGCCAAACUCAUCCGCAAAUUAUUUGGAUUAUUCACAUAAUUAUUUUUCUGCUCUCCUUCCAAACUUCACUCUGUAUCUCAGUGAAACCUUGUAUCUCAGGAUGUCCAACAAUAGUAUAAAUGGGCAUAUACCAAAUUCAGUUUGCAAUUUCAGCAUGUUGGGUGUCCUUGACCUAUCAUAUAACAACUUUAGUGGGCCGAUUCCAUCCUGUUUGAUAGAAAAUGCUCGACUGAGCGUGUUAAACUUGCGGGAGAAUCAGUUUGAAGGGACGUUGCCAUCCAAUAUCACAGCUGCAUGUACUUUUAAGACACUGGAUUUACAUGGCAAUAAGAUUGAAGGCCAACUUCAGAGGGCGCUUUCUAACUGCAUUUACUUGGAGGUUCUUGACGUUGGAAACAAUCUAAUAGUUGACACUUUCCCAUUUUGGCUGAGCGGGCUUCCGAAUCUUCAUGUCCUCGUCUUGAGAUCUAAUCAGUUCUACGGUUCCAUUGGUGAUCUUGUUCGGGAUCAGCAAUCCAAGGAGUACUUCUCUAGCUUGCAGAUUAUUGAUCUAGCCUCAAACAAUUUCUCCGGCAAUUUGAGUUCCGAAUGGUUUGGGCGGUUAAAAUCAUUGAUGGCCAACUUAAACAGUUCCGGAGAAACUAUUGUUGGUCAAAACAUAUCAGCAGCUCCUAGGGGAUUCUAUCAAGAUUCUAUUGAGAUAACAUACAAGGGGUCAGUUGUGACAUUUGAAAGGAUCUUGACUACCUUUACAGCAAUUGACUUCUCAAACAAUAGGCUGGAAGGUACUAUUCCUGAAUCAGUUGGACAACUUAUUUCACUACAUGUGCUGAACAUGUCUCACAAUGCUUUCAAGGGGAAAAUUCCAGCGCAGCUUGGCCACCUGACUGAUCUGGAGUCGCUGGACCUUUCUUGCAACCAACUCUCAGGGGAGAUUCCGCAAGAACUAGCAGAUCUCACCUUCUUGGCCAUCCUAAAUUUUUCUGACAACCAGUUGGUGGGGAAGAUACCGCAGUCACGCCAGUUCCUCACAUUUGACAAAAGUUCAUUCGAAGGGAAUUUGGGACUGUGUGGACUGCCAUUCUCCAACCCCUGUGGCGUUUCACUUGCUCCUCCAGGCAUGGCACGCGUGGAGAAGUCAUCUGAUGUGGACGUCAUCCUGUUUCUCUUCGUCGGGCUGGGCUUCGGUGUUGGAUUUGCAGCUGCCAUUCUGAUGAGAUGGGGUCGAAUCGGCAAAUGGUUUGUUAAAUCUGCAAGAGCUUUGAGGACUUGA